AUGUUCCUAGAUCCUUCCAACAAGGCCCCACAAAGCGCGAAACGCUCUUUUGUCGUACAGAACGAUAUCAAGGGGAUGGAUGGCAAUAGUCAACAACGAAAGAAGUAUGACCCUUCUAGCUACCAAACAGGCUCUGGCGCUGGGCCAUAUCCUAUUCGCAAUUUGUCUGGAAGCUCUUCGGAGCGCUUUAGACAACAGCAACAGCCGGAACCAGCUGGAGGACCUGGUACUGAUGAAGUAAUAUCUCAAGACCGGACUUCUUCAGUCUCGGCCUAUGGUAGUUAUGGAUAUACAGAAUCACUGCCUUACAAUACACCGCCGCUACAGGGCGGGACUUUGCAAAGUGGAGGGAUACAAUACCAGUCGAAUUUUGCCUCUACUGCUGCCAGAAACCAGCAUCCUAACCAACAACAGCAGCGGUUAUCACAAUAUGAGGGCGAUAUGGUUUAUGGUAUCACCCCUCAAGUCCAGCCAGCGUCUCAGUAUGAAGGGGUGUCACACUACCAACCACGACAUUCUGCCGCUAUCGAAGUGCUAGCAACUCAAUUUGGUGUUCCACAGUAUUUCCAAGAGGGAGAACCAGCAGUUGCAGGAGGAUCUGAUAAGUACUUAACUGUUUCCCAAGCUCAGACCACGCCGUAUUCACAACCGGCUGCUCUUCCGCGUGCAUCUACGGCAUCGGCAUUGCCCGAAAUUAUGGCUGGCCUCCCCGCUUCCACAGCUUCUGAUGGCCUCGAACAUUCGGAAUUUCCUCGUCAAUCAUCUCGUUUCGAUGAUGCCUAUAUCCAAUACCAACGAGCCCUCAGAGAGACAUUCGAAAGUACCCGAUCUGGCAGAUUGCUAGAUGCAAGUCAAUCAUUAUUGGAGAUAUCAGAGUGGCUUCUGGGGAAUGCGACCGAACUUGGGCUCGCUCGCGACGAGGAAGAAUUGCACUCGGACCGAUUAAAAAUGUGGAAUGAGUUUAAUAUUUGCUGGCUUGCGGUAUGCCAGAAACAAAAGGAUAUGACUCAGGAGAUGUUAGAGUCCCGAUCCGGUACUAGCCCACCAAGCCUUCUCACAGAAGAGACCCUAAACAAGAUGGGAAGAGAACUGGUUCGCUUAUGUGAUCGAAUGGAGCAGCAUGGGCUGGUAGAUUACCAGAUGGGUGUAUGGGAGGAAGAAAUUUUAAGCGUCCUAGGCCAAUGUCUUGACCUCCUCGAAGGAAACGAGAACACUCCUGCGGCAGGAAGUUCCUCCAGAACAACUACUUCCGUCGCUCCACGAUGA